AUGAGUUCGCUGAACAGUCCGCCGACGUCGUCCUCCGAGUCCAGCCCAGCGGCGGAUACGUUCUCCACGCACCAGGCGACGCGCCCGCUGCCGUUCGUGCACCCGACCCGCGCCGUCUUCGCCGCCCAUCCCCGGCCGCCCUCCGAGUCCUCCGUCGUCGGAGCGCACUGGUCUGCCCGCUCGUCCCGCAAGAACCGGUAUCUGUCCCGGCCUCUCGCCGUCAAGCCACAUCUGUCCGUCGUCCUCGAGCAGCGGCUGCACCACGCCCACGCCCGCUUCAAGCUCCACCUCGCCUGGGACCUCUCCUUCUGGGUCGCCCAAGUCUUCGUCCUCGGCUCCGCCCUCUGGGUCAUCAACGCCUUCCUCCUGUAUCUCCCCCUCCUCGAUGUUGGCCCAGCCCACCCCGAUGCCGCCGCAUGGUGCGCCUUUGCUGGCGGGACGUUCUUCGAGGUCGGCAGCUACCUCAUGGUCGUCGAGGCUCUCAACACUGGACACGAGCAAAUGUUCGGCCCUGCUCUAUGGGGGCUCGUCAGCGGCGAGAAUUUCGAUUCCGAGAUGCCAGCCAAGCCCGUGCAGUUUCGCUGGUACGGCGUGGGCUCAUGGCGCGAGCUCGGCUUCCUCGCCUGCUUCAUCCAGAUGAUCGCCGCCACCGUCUUCUGGAUAUCCACCAUCACCGGUAUUCCAGACGUGAUUCACAACCUCAACACCGACCCUCCUACCGCCAUCACCGAUGUCUUCUUCUGGACCCCGCAGGUCGUCGGCGGGACAGGAUUCUUCAUCUCGUCCCUCUUCCUCAUGCUCGAGGUCCAGCGUACGUGGUGGAUUCCCAACAUCGGGAGCCUUGGGUGGCAUAUCGGGCUGUGGAACCUGAUCGGUGCCGUCGGCUUCACGCUCUGCGGUGCGCUUGGGUACGCUGCCGCCACCUCUACCAAGGCAAACUACCAGUCCGUACUCUCGACUUUCUGGGGCUCGUGGGCGUUCCUCAUCGGGAGCACCAUCCAGCUCUGGGAGACCCUCUGGCGCGAGGACCCCACAGCGCCCGCGCCUUCUUCCCCGGGAAGGGAGAAGGGGAGCUAA